AUGCGCAUCAGGUAUCCUAGCAACGCCGCCUUAGUUAACCUACUAAAUCGAACAAAGGUUGAUAUAGAUGCUCUAGAUUUCCAAGUGAAGGAAAGAAGAGAUAGAGAAGAUCAAGAGGCAGAAAUUCUGAAUGCAUAUGCCACAGAUCUUUUGUGCCAUGAUCGGGCAGCUUGUGUCCUGGAGAGCAGAGAGUCCAGGGACAGGCGGCGCCUGGAGGAGACCGUGCAGCAUUUCCGGCAGGUCUUCCAGCAGCCCACAAGCCGGCGGGAGUUCGACCUGAACGACCCCGACCUGCUGAAGAAGCAGGAAGGGGGUCAGGUGCUGCAGGGGCUGGCAGGAGAGGACCCGGACUGGAAGGACCGAGUAAAGAGGCAGCAGGAACAGCUCAGAGAGUGGUCCUUACAACAGCAGCGUGAGCUGGAGCUAGCCAGGCAGCAACAAAGACAAACAGAUCAGCAAUAUGACCAGAGCAGAGUUGCCCUGGACAGCAGAACCAUUGAGCUGCAGAAGAUCCAGGAGCAGAGGCAGAGAGCCUUAGCUGUCGCAACAAAGGACUUCAACUUGACAAAGGCGGUGGAGGUGGCAGAGCAGCGGCAAAGGCAGUGGCAGCAGGAGGAAGAGGACAACAUCGUGGAGAUCCAGAACCAGCUGCAGACGCUGGAGCUGAACCAGGGGCCGGAGGGGAGUGCCAGCGUGCUGGGCCUGGCCCGUCUGUGGCUCAACAAGGGCCUGACCGCUGAGCACCAAAAGCACAUUAUCGACUUCCAGCUGCAGCAGGCGGAGGAAAAGAGGGUAAGCUCGCGUUACACUUCAGGCCCCUUAGAGGGGAGCUGACCUGGGCGCGUAACGACG